AAAUGGAGCCUCUCACAACUACAUAUCCUCUGAAAUAUUCAGUGCCCAAAGCCAGGGUCUUUGUUGUCUUUCUGUCAAUGUUUUUGUGCACUGCCAUUCUUUGCCUUCUGCAACUCAGAUUUUUUAAACCUAAAAUGAAAGAUUUUUAUUCUUUCGAAGUCAAGGAUUCACGAGGAAGAAUCAUUUCCUUGGAAAAGUACAGAGGAAAAGCAACUUUAGUUGUAAACGUGGCCAGUUACUGCCAACACACAGACAAAAAUUACAUCGCACUGCAAGAACUACACAGAGAGUUUGGUCCCUCCCACUUCACUGUGCUGGCUUUUCCCUGCAACCAGUUCGGAGAAUCAGAGCCUAGUUCAAGCCAGGAAAUAGAAUCUUUCGCCAAAGGAAACUAUGGAGUAACCUUCCCUAUUUUCCACAAAAUCAAGAUCCUUGGAUCAGAAGCAGAGCCUGCCUUUAAAUUUCUAAUAGAUUCUUCAAAGAAAGAGCCUCGAUGGAAUUUCUGGAAGUACCUUGUCAGCCCUGAGGGUAAAGUUGUGAAAUUCUGGAGGCCUGAAGAGCCCAUAGCAAGUAUCAAGCCAGAAGUAGCAUCAUUAAUUAGGCAGAUUAUAAUGAAGAAGAGAGAAGACCUCUGAAAAAGACAGUCAUGCUGUGAAUCUGUUCAACAGCAUGGGUACACAGCCUUGCAACAUUCCUGGGAAACAUUGCUAGAAGCUAAACCAUCAGGUGAUUUUCCUUCUCCUUGGUGUUACUAUUUUUCGACUCCACUACAUCUGUUAAUGUUGGAUCAGAUCUUGUAACACCCUUGAGAACCACUGA